UGCGCUAGUCGUAGUCUAAGCGCGGUCCACGCCCCGCGUCCCGACGUCCUGAGCCCAGUUAUGGACAGUUGAUCCGUGUUACCGUGUACCAAGUGCGUAAAGUGAUAAAAGAAUAACACACACAGCCACACAACACGAUGCCAAUCGGCAACUUGAACAACAUCGCUCCACCGCGGCGGGAGAGCUUCAGGCCGCCGUGGGUGAAGGAGAAAGACACGGAGGCGCCCCCUGCCUGGACCCAGAAGAAACUAAAGCCAGUGGAGAGUCUCUCCAGGACUGGGAGUAUUGAUGACGCCUCGCCUGUUGUUAAGCCUCUGAAACCCGUAUUAAAAAAACAAUCUACCAUAAGAGACAAAUCAGAAAAUGGUGUAUCGGAAACUGUAGAAGAGAAACUAAUAAAACCAUCUGCGGCGAAACUCGCGGAUAAGAGUUCCAAAGCUGCAGAUGAAAAAUCUAAAUUUACAAAAACUGCCCUAAAAACCCUGGAAAAGGUACCAAAAUUAGAAGAUAAAUAUUCCAAUGACAAAGUGUCUGAAAGACCAGCAUUGAGAAGUGUGAGGACAAUCGACGAUAAAGCCAAAGAAAAAUCUGUCACUAUUGUCGACAGGAAAGAUAAAAAUGGGACUGAAAAAGCAAAUAUCCCGGUAAAUGACAAAAGUUCCGUUGUCGUUAAAGAUACGAAACCGUCAGUAAAAGUUAAUGUACCCGAAAAAGCGGUUACUAAAGUAGUAACACCGGAGAAAGUAGAAUUAAAACCGGCGAUCAAAACAAUCCCAGUUGAUAAACCGGCAACUAAAACGAUUUCAGUUGAUAAACCGUCGACUAAAACGAUUCCAACUGAAAAGCCAGCUCCAAAGAUAUUAGAAGUAAAAAAGCCAGUGGCAAAGGUUGAAGAGCCUCCGAUGAAAAUUGAAAAGCCCGUAACAAAGAUUGAAAAACCCGCAACAAAGAUUGAAAAACCAGUAACAAAUAAAGUGCCUUCCAAAACUGCCUCGAUAGAGAAAACAACAAACAGACUGACUAAAACAGCGGAAGUCGACAAGCCUGCGCCAAAAGUUACCACCAUUGAUAAACCCACCAAUAAAGUGGUGGAAAAACCAGUGACAAAAGCUGCUUCAAAAGAAGAAGUUAACAAAUCUGCAGAUAAGGAAUCAAAAAUGGCUACCAAGCCACCUACACCCAUGGAGAAAACGCCUUCAAAGGUUUUAAGAAAGCCACCACUACAGAAACAGCCUUCCAAAGACGAGGUGUCGAUAAAAAAAUGGAGAGAUCCACUCCUCGAGCGCGUUAAAGAGAACAUCGACAAGACUCUAGCAAAUGACAUUCCUAAAGGACACACGUUGACCAAGAACGAAAGUUUGAGAAGCUUACUGAAGCCAACGCCACCACCAAUGCCGCCUCCCAUGCCACCGAAGUUACCACCGCCGCCUGAAUUCAAAAAGGCGCCCAUAGACCCUGAGAAGUUAAAAAGAAUAGAGCAGCUUCGCAGCAGACCAAGGAAACGGCCGGAUUGGAGCGACAUGAUGAAGGAGGUCGAACAGGGUAAAAAGUUGAGACACGUUGAAUGUAACGACAGAUCAAGCCCCAUCAUCACCAGAGCAGCAGUUGUCAAAAAUAAGGACCAAUUUAUAUUCGAGUCGGAAAAACCGAACUCUCAUAACGAGCUACUCAGAGAGAUUACUAAAGGUGUGAAAUUGAAGAAAACAAAGACAAAUGAUAGAAGUAAGCCGAAUCUCGAGGGCUUAAGGAAGUUUAGGAGGCAGAUGACAAUAGAGGAACAAGUACAGAAGUCGAUGUCUCAAGCUAACUUAGUAGCGUCGCCGUCGGGUGCUAAUGUUGCGGAGGGAGUACCCGCACCAGUUCCAGAUGAAGAAGAAAUCGAUGAGAUGGACGAUAUUGAUAAGGUCAGAGAUGAUCUGCAGUCUACAAAACAGCUAUUGGCAAUGGAAUUAAGAACUAAAGAAGCACAAGAGCGUGAAAUCAAACGACUCCUCACAAGGAUACAAAAUUUAGAAGCAGAAGUGGCGCGAGAAAGAGCUAUCAUCAAACAAGAACAACACAAAACAGUUAUAUCAGUUACAGACGCAUACGACGAGAGGUUGGUAACUAAUUUGAAAAUGGAAGUUGAAAAAGCAAAGGAAACUGCUGAUAACCUUGAGAAGCAAUAUUUACAAGCUGCUGAAGAAAGGGAUACAGCAUUAACGGAGUUAGAAGAAGUUAAGCGAAAAAAUAGCGAGUUGGAAAAGAAACUAGAACAGGCUAUGUCGGGUAUCAUGCCAACAGCCGUAGGCUCGAGACGCGCAAGUCACGCUAUCAAACAGCUUUCCGUCACCAAGGAUGACAGUUUUGAAGAAGAACCUGAAUCCGAGGAAGAAGAGGAGGAAAGUGAAGAGAAGAAACAGAAGCGAAUGGAGAAGGAGGUACGCAACAUGAGGAAUAAGAUCCGACAUCUGAAAGAGAAACAGGAUCACAUGAAGAAAGAAAGAAUGGGCUUCAAGAUGGCGCUUAAAAAUCAACAGGCGGCGCUCAAGGAAGAGAAGCGAAAAUACAAAGAAUUGAAACGCGAAGUAGACAAAAUGGCGGCUAUGAUGAAAGAAGUCGGAUCUGAGGAUGAUGAGGAUGAGGAAGAAGAGGAGGAAGAAUCUGAAGAGGAGAAGAAGUCGGAGUCGGAAGAAGAAGAAUCUGAAACGGAAACAGAACAGGACACUGAAAGCGAAACAGAAAGCGAAAGUGAACCAGAGGACGCUCCACUGCCAAACAAGAAAGAAAACCUCACAAAACGAGUCAAGAGGCACGAAACAAGAGUGCACGCACUCAAGAAGGGCAACGCGCUUCUUAUGGCCAAUGUAGAUAGGUUGAAAGACGACGUACUCAAGCAGAGAGAAGAAUCUAUGACAUUACAGAAGGAACUAGAUUCGCUCAUCGACGACCUCGAAUGAUAAACUAAGGCGUGCUAUAACAUUCAGCUUUAUUAAAUCCUUUUUUCGAUAGCUUUUUCUACUUUAGAAUAAUGACGCCAUGACAUUACGCGUAAUAAGUUAUUUAAUAUUUAACAUGGAAUAUAAAUUAAUUGUGUCGUUCAAUACUUAAAAUAAUGGUGAUUUAUUGAACUCGAGCGAAAAAUAUAGUUAGCAAAACUAAUUAGGAUAACGCUAUGUUAUAACUCGGGCCCGAAUUUUCCCACUACCCUAUUGCAAGGGCAUCUGAUAAAUACCUAGUCUUUAUUUUUUUCAUGAAAACAUGUUUAUUUCAAACAAACAAAAUUCUUUAUGCGAUGACUCGGGAGUCAAUUCUACUUUUUUUUAUUUACAUAACUGCUAAUUUUAUUGACAAUACUUGUAGUUGCAUACCUAUUUAAUCUUAUUUAAUGCCGCAAUAAUAAAAAUCGACUAAAAUACAUAGAUGCACAAAUUAUGCAAAGUAGAAAUAAAUCCAAGAUAAUAUAUGAUAAUUUAAUACAUAGUAAUUAUAGAUUCAAAUUCAGAUAGUUGUUUAUGUUACUCAUAUAGUUCGUCGCAUUAUUUAUAACCUGAAAAAUGAUUUCUUUGAUGCAUUUUCCAGUUUUACAUCUUAAAACUGAAUGUUUCUUUGUGUAAACUUGAUAUCAUAAAACUAGGUACAAAAAUAAUGACCCUAAACUUAAAUAAAUUAAUUCACAAUCGCUUAUCUGUCGAAAAGAUAAUAUCGUAGCUAUCUACUAAUUUUAUUAUAUAUUAUGUGAUUUGUAAAUAAUAAGUAAGUCGAAUAAUUAAUUUAAAUUGUAUUACCAAAACAGCACAAUAAACUUUUACACAAACUU